AAGUGCUCGAGGCUUGGCCGGCGCCGGCGCUCGCUGCGUGAGGGGGAGAGACGACAACGGCGGCGGGAGGCGAUGAAGAGCGGCCGGGCCCGGAGUUCCUGAGGGGGCCGAGCCGGGCCAAAACCCCCCCGCCGGAGCCAUGGCGGCUAAUAUGUACCGGGUGGGCGAUUACGUCUACUUUGAGAAUUCCUCUAGUAACCCCUACCUCGUACGCCGCAUUGAGGAGCUCAACAAGACAGCCAAUGGCAAUGUGGAGGCCAAGGUGGUUUGUCUGUUUCGACGGCGCGAUAUCUCCAGUAGCCUCAACAGUCUGGCUGACAGCAAUGCCCGAGAAUUUGAAGAAGAAUCCAAACAGCCUUCGGUGUCAGAGCAGCAGCGGCACCAGCUGAAGCACCGGGAGCUUUUCUUAUCCCGGCAGUUCGAGUCCCUGCCUGCUACCCACAUACGGGGGAAGUGCAGCGUUACCCUGCUUAAUGAGACAGACGUCCUCAGCCAGUACCUGGACAAAGAGGAUUGUUUCUUCUAUUCCCUGGUGUUUGACCCUGUUCAGAAGACUCUCCUGGCUGACCAGGGUGAAAUCCGAGUAGGCUGCAAGUACCAGGCAGAAAUUCCUGACCGGCUGGCAGAAGGAGAGUCCGAUAACCGGAAUCAGCAGAAGAUGGAGAUGAAGGUUUGGGACCCUGACAACCCCCUAACGGACCGCCAGAUCGACCAGUUCCUCGUGGUGGCUCGGGCCGUUGGUACUUUUGCGCGAGCCCUUGACUGCAGCAGCUCCAUCCGGCAACCCAGCCUUCACAUGAGCGCAGCGGCUGCCUCCCGGGAUAUCACGCUGUUCCACGCAAUGGAUACACUGCAGCGGAAUGGGUACGAUCUGGCUAAAGCCAUGUCUACGCUGGUACCCCAGGGAGGCCCUGUACUAUGCAGGGAUGAGAUGGAGGAAUGGUCAGCUUCAGAAGCGAUGCUCUUUGAGGAAGCCCUGGAGAAAUACGGCAAAGACUUCAACGACAUCCGGCAGGACUUUCUGCCAUGGAAAUCCCUGGCUAGCAUUGUGCAGUUCUACUACAUGUGGAAAACCACGGACCGAUACAUCCAGCAGAAAAGGUUGAAAGCAGCUGAAGCCGAUAGCAAGCUGAAGCAGGUGUACAUCCCCACGUACACGAAACCCAAUCCGAACCAAAUCAUCUCAGUGGGCUCCAAGCCUGGCAUGAACGGAGCUGGCUUCCAGAAGGGGCUGACCUGUGAGAGCUGCCACACCACUCAGUCGGCACAGUGGUAUGCCUGGGGCCCCCCCAAUAUGCAGUGCCGCCUCUGUGCUUCCUGUUGGAUCUACUGGAAGAAAUAUGGAGGCCUGAAGACCCCGACGCAACUCGAGGGAGCAGCGCGCAGCGUCACGGAGCCACACUCCCGGGGCCACAUGUCUCGCCCAGAAGCCCAGAGCCUCUCGCCAUACACAACCAGCGCCAAUCGGGCCAAGCUUCUGGCCAAGAACCGGCAAACCUUCCUGCUGCAGACCACCAAACUGACCCGCAUCGCACGCCGCAUGUGCCGGGAUAUCUUGCAGCCGCGCCGUGCCGCUCGGCGCCCUUACGCACCCAUCAAUGCCAAUGCCAUCAAGGCAGAGUGCUCCAUUCGACUACCCAAAGCAGCAAAGACCCCCCUCAAGAUCCACCCUCUGGUGCGGCUUCCACUGGCCACCAUAGUCAAGGAGCUCGCUGCGCAGGCCCCCCUAAAGCCAAAAACUCCCCGAGGCACCAAGACACCCAUCAACAGAAAUCAGCUGACCCCGAACCGAGGCUUGGCUGGCAUCGUGGGCAAGCGAGCAUAUGAAAGUGUGGCAGGGGGCGGGCUCCCCUUCUCGGCCAACGGGCGGCCCAUGACUUCCGGAAUGAGGUCGAGCACUCAGCCUGCCAUCAAGCGUCAGAAGCUGAACCCGGCCGACGCCCCCAACCCAGUCGUUUUUGUGGCAACCAAGGACACCAGGGCCCUCCGCAAAGCCCUGAGUCACCUGGAGAUGCGCCGUGCUGCCCGCCGGCCCAACCUGCCACUCAAAGUGAAGUUGGUGCUGCCUCACCGGCCUGUGGUGGCCCCCCUGGUGCCCGUUCCCCCAGCCCAUCCUGCCAGCACCAGCGAGCCCAUCAUCCUGGAAGACUGAGUGCUAUCACUUCUGUGGCGGCCCCUCUAGGAUCCUUGUAGCCAUCUCAUCUAGCACCCACCUGCCCCUUUUUUUCAGUGUCCGAGCCCUGUCUGGCAAGCGUCAGAGCCCCUGUUUGCCACGCGUCUGCUGGGAACAAGCCAGGCAGGGAGGGAGACAUCUCUCCCCCAAGGUUGUUCCUGGACACCCUUCAUUCUCCUUUUUAUAUAUAUAUAAAUAUAUUUUAAUUUCCACAUUGACCUUUUUUUUAACCCUCCCCCUUGUUGAAAAUUCAGACUUGCGCAAAAAGUUGGCCUCCCACUCCCCCCCACCCCCCCAGGCAACACCUUGAAUACAAUUUGCACCUUCUUCUCAAAGCGGGCAGGAGACUGCAAGGGUGACACGAAACUGGAGCCACGCAGAAGCCCUUCCGGAGUUCUUUCCACCUCUCCUCUGCAGCUGUUCUUCCUUCCUUUUGUUUGUCUCUCUGCUUCUUGGUGUCUGUCACUUUUUUUUUUAAAGUUGCCCUCUGGCCCCAUAUACUACCUGUGUAUCUGGACAAGAGGGACGAUCCCAUUGAGACCCUAAAUCCCAGGCAACAUGGCAACCCUCCCCCCUUUUGGCCCCCUCUUCCAUCCCUUUGAUGAGCCCAUUUUUUGUACAUGGUUUGAAAAGAAAGUCAGGUUUUUUUAAGUCAACCUGUAACUGGUUCUUAUAGCAACAAAGAAAUAAAUGCUGUUUUCUUCAUA